AACACACGAACAUGAGUGAUCAAGCGUGAAAUUGGUCGUUUUCUAGUUUUCGGAUUUUUAGUCAUCCUGGAUGCUGGUUGUAGAAAUAUUUUGAUAUAAUAAGAUACUUUCUGGAUAUGUUUCGCAAAAACAUCGGAUACUGGAUGGCUGGAUUACUGGGCUGAAAAUCUCCGCGCGUGUAUCGUUAGCGACCACGUGCGCACUAAAUCCGACUUCACUUUUUAUUUUUGUUGAUUUCUGAUCCCAUUUUUUGUCUGCUCCUCGUCUGCGUGGAUUGCCCGGCAUAUGCGCUUCCGUACGGAGCUGCUGGUACCGCCGAUGCAUACGGCGGUGGCUGACGGCCGCCAGAUGAGGGAUAUGGAUGGACGGAGCGUCAUCGAUAUCAAGUGGUCGGAGGAGGCCGGGGUAGGAUGCACCCGCAAGUGUCUGUACCGCGGGGAUGGCGCGCAUUUUACCAUGGAGGACGGUGUGGAUGAGGAUCGCGUUAUCAGCUAUCGAGUGAACGAUAUCCACCUGUACAGCAUCUUCGACGGACAUGACGGAUCGAAGGCAUCCCAGUUCGCUGCCCAGCAGUUUCCUCUUGAGCUUCUUCUCGGCCAGCUCGAAGGGCCCAUCGACGACGAAGAGGUGCGCAACGUCGUCAGCAAUGCCUUCCUAAUGGUGGAGGAGAAGUUCUUUGACAGUCUGGAGGAGAGCGCCAGUCCGCCCUACAACGCCACCGGUCCCUUCAGUCCCAAGACGCGGCCGGGCAAGAACGACACGGUGGUGCCGAAUCCCAUGGCCGGGGGGACGACGGCCGUCAUGGCCAUCUACUGCCAUGGGAAACUGUAUUUUGCACAUUGUGGCGAUACGGUGGCGGUGCUGUGUUACCUAAAGCCGAAUGGGGAGCUGACGGCGCGGACCGUGGGAAUUCAGCAUAACAUCGAUAGUGACGAUGAGGCACUGCGUUUGAGCUUGCUGGGACUGGAUGUGAAUGAACUGAAACAGCGACAGCCCCUCAAACUGACACGCUGCAUCGGCAAUUAUGCCCUGAAGAAACAGUAUCAGACCUUUGACAUUUUACGACCGGCAGUAAAUUCCCCGAUAAUUUGCGACCCGGAAAUUAUUGGUGGAUUACCGAUCAAUGCAAAUUAUCGCGGAUUCAUUUAUCUCAUGUCAAGUGGACUGUACAAAUCGUGGUAUGAAUGUUCUGGAUCCGAAAAUGUUGAGGAGGAUAUUGCCAAAAUGAUUGCCACGCAGCUCUGUUCCGACAAAUCAUUGCACGACGUUGCUCAAGCUGUUCUAGAAGAAGUUUGCAGCCGGCAUGCCGCCGCGUACGCCGCCGGCAAGGACUUUUUCCGUCGCGAGGAGAUGACCCUGUUGAUCCGCAACUUCGGUCUGGACCGCAGCGACGUACAGCCCAGCACGCCGCCGCCGCGGAUUGCCAGUGAUCUGGGCUUUCCCUCCGCGGCCCUCUUCAAUCCCGGUCUGCGCCGUUCCGCCUCCGAGCAGCUGACAGAGACGGUGGAGACCGACGCCGACAGCCUGUCGCCGCCGAUCCUUCGCCCCGCCGAACUGGACGCCGAGGGCUUCGAGUACAUUGAUCCGUAUGUGGAUUUUGCCGAGUUGGCGUCGGUGGAUACGGAUUUCGAGUGGACGGACAGUGAUGAAUGAACGCAGAAUGAAUUUCUGUUUGCGAAACGCUGUUUUUCCCGGUGAACUGUGUGGUUUUCUCGAGUGUCUUCCCGGUGUUCUGGUAGAAUCUGUCCGGUUUUUUAUUGGUCUGAUUGUGAGGAUGGAUUGAAUCUGCUUUUUUUGAAUCGUCGCGCUGUAUCCAGGUUUACGGUUGAUAGUUCAGGGAUACUGCCGUGUCGAUCGGUUUUACGUGUUUUGUGCAGUGUUCCUCGUGUUCUGUGCCAUAAAAGUCAGUCAUUUA